AUGCUGCUGUGCGUGGGGCUCCUGCUGAUGAGCUAUGUCAGCUCAGACCCCUGGUGUGCCACUGUGCAGGGCAGGGCCUGGUGGUGCUGGAGGGUGGGUGAAGGCAUGGCCUCUGCUUCCUCUUUCAGCUACUGGAGCAACACUGCCUGUACUACACCCAACACCACCCGCACUGCACCCAACACCACCCGUGCUACACCCAACGCCACCCACACAGCACCCAACACCACCCGCACUACACCAAACACCACCUGCACUGCACCCAACACCACCCAUGCUACACCCACCACCCGCACUACACCCAACAUCACCCGUGCUACACCCAACACCACCCGCACUGAACUCAACACCACCCGCACUACACCCAACACGAUUACACCCUUGAUGGGUGCAGUCCCCCACCUCACCCAGCCCAUACCCUGGAAGCCGCCAGGCCCCUUUGAGGUUGCAUACCCUCACCUGUAUCACUUUAUCCUGGACCAGCCAGAUAAGUGCCAGGGCCUGGACCCCUUCCUGGUGCUGAUGGUGCCGGUGGCACCCUGGAACAGAGAAGCACGGGAUGCAGUCCGCGCUACCUGGGGGAACCAGAGCCUGGUGUCGGGUGUGACCAUCCGCCGGCUCUUCAUUCUGGGGCUAGCGGACAGGACGGGGCUCCAAGAGGAGCUUUUCCGAGAGAGCUCUGAGCACCACGACCUGCUGCAGGGUGACUUCCUGGACAGCUACCGCAACCUGACCAUCAAGACCAUGCUGAUGAUGGAGUGGCUGGUGGCCCACUGCCCAAAUGCAGCCUAUGCCGCCAAGGUAGACACAGACAUGUUCCUCAACAUGAAGCUCCUUAUCCGCCUUCUGGACCCACAUGCCUCCCGGCCCAAACAUAACUACAUCACCGGCGCCAUUAUCACCGGUGGUGUGGUCCGCCGCGACAAGGGCUCCAGAUGGUACAUGCCCCCAGAAGUGUACCCCAACCCCACAUACCCACUGUACAUCUCGGGGAAUGCCUACGCCUUUUCCAUGGACCUUCCUGGAAAAAUUCUGGAAGCUUCCAGAGUGGUGAAACCCAUCUACCUGGAGGACGUAUACCUGGGCAUGUGCCUGGAGCACCUGGGACUGGAACCCACACCCCUGCCGGACCCGGGGCUGUUCCACCUGUGGCCCCUCCCCUACAGCCGCUGCCAUUACACCAACAUCGUCUCAGUUACUGGGAUGAAGCCUCACCAGCUGCUUCUGUACUGGGCCGACUUCCACAAAGCAGGGCCACCCUGCCCCCACAACCCACAGACACCCCCAUAA